CUAGUCGAGUCCAAAAAACCUAAGUUUUAUAGGUCUAGUUGUAACAUCUCCAUUUCCGACAGGGCUAUCCAUAUAAGUAUUUGGAAAUUACAAGGCACAAUUCUGUUCAUUUACCAAUGAACACCCAUGUUCUUAUAAAUUAUUGAUUUUAAAAACAAUUUUUUUCAGAUGGAACUAGUUGAAGUACCUAAAGAAACUUACUAUAUUUCACCCGAAAACUUUAUAUUUGUCAAAGAUAAACAGGUAUCAAGAGGCAGGACAUAUUUAAAAUGUCAAGACCCAUUGUGCUCUGCCAGAAUUAUAAUGCAUGAGGGUCAGCCAUGGAUUUUGAGAGCGGAGCAUAACCAUUUGGCUGAUUUGCUCCUGCUUCAAGAUAUUCGGCUAAAAAGUAUCUUAGCAUUCAGAAGCAGGACCGAAACAUAUAUUCAUGGAGGAAGAGAUUCGCCACAAUGAGGCAUCAUUGAGGCUAACAAAUGGAUUCCUCACUGUAAAACCGAUGAUGCAGCGGGAAAGGAGGAAAGUCCAACCUCCCAUACCAGCUACAUUGGAGGAUGCUGCUGGCUAUUUGGCAAAUGCAUCAUAUCGGAAAUAUUCAUUGGAACUGGGGCCACAACAGAGACCAUUCUUCGAUAGCAUCAGGGAUGGAUGCCUCUUUUUUGUGUCCCCUGGUAUUCUAAGAGAGGCAAUUGAUGGGAAUAGUCUCCACUUGCACAUGGACGCGACAUUCAAAAUUGUGCCCAGAGCAGGUGGAGCCCAUCAGUUGGAUGAGGGAUAACACGGUGAGCAUAACUUUUUUAUUAUUUUCUAGUUUGCCAUUUCUUAUUUUUUUUUCCUGCAAGGCAUACCCUGUGGUGUUUUGUAUGACGCCAAACCGCACCAGAGAAACGUACACUGGGGUACUGCGAUACACCAGGCAAUUAUUCGGCGCCUCCCAUAUCUCUUCUGUCCUUUGUGACUAUGAGUUGGCCCUGAGACAUGCAGUUCGAGAAGUGUUUGCUGGAGUUUCCUUGAGAGGUUGCUGGUUCCACUUCGCAAAAAAU